AAAUCGUUGAAGGUUGUAACUACAACAUCGCGAUUCGCGAGAGGCGCAUACCUCACAGGCAAACAGGAAACCAUGUGGAAAACAGCUAUGGCGCGCGCUGCCGGGGCUCUUCGGUCGCCGUUGCAGGGAAUUACCAGCACACCUUUCCGCAGCCACUACUCCUCCAGCAGCAAAUCUACUUCAUCUGCCGUUGUUAACUCCAUGAUUCUUCGUUCUCUUAAAGAACACUACACCGAAGUCUCCAAAAUGGCUCCUCCCCCUAAGGUGAGUCCUCCUUCACCAUUUACAGUGGUGAAAGGGGCACUUGACAGUGGUGGUCCUGUUCUGAAGCGAAUGUAUGGAGAUGAGGAGAUCAGUAUAUCUGUAAUGCGGAUGGUUAACAUUCUCCCUGGAUUGGAUCCUGCUGAGAUUGAUGGUGACGACGAGAUCAAUCAGUUGUUUCUUCAUGCUGAUAUAUCGAAGCCUGGGCAAGACUUUGUUUUGCAUUUUCUGUGUGGGCUGUAUCCAGAUGCUUUGGGAAUUCAUUCUGUUUCCUUAAGACAUAAGAAUGAAACUUCAGGGCUCCUUGAGGUUCCAUCCAAAUACAAUGGUCCUGAUUUUGAAGGGCUUGAUGAUAGAAUGAGGGAUGCGUUUCAUGGUUACAUUGAAGAGAGAGGCAUAAAUGAUGCUCUGUUUCCUUUCCUGCAAGCAUGGCUUUAUGUGAAGGAUCACCGAAGUCUUAUGCAUUGGUUCAAAUCAGUUGGGACAUGUGUCAAAAAAACCAACUAACCUUCAUGUCAUGUUACCUUCUUACAUGCUCUACUUUUAUAACAUUUUUUUCCCUAAUGGAUGUAUGAUCCUGCUUUUAAUAGUCUUUUAUCUUUAUAUAUUCAA